AUGUCGUCCGUGCGGAUUCGUGCUGACUUUUCUGAAGAAAAUGAAUCACGCUCGGAAAGACACCAUGACGCGGGAGCAGUGGCACGGGUCAAUACUAAUUAUAGCACGGAUCCUGGGUUGGCGACAGCCUUACUCAGUUUUCGGAAUUUGAAUGUGUACGUUGUCGGUGAAGUUGGUCAUCCGAACGCAAAAAUAGUGCGGAUCGUUCAUAUUUCUGAUACACGUGGCGCCCACGAAGUUUACGCAGAUCACAUCCCACGAGGACAUAUCUUAAUUCAUUCCGGGGAUUUCACCUGCAGCCCGCCAUCACGUGGCUGGCGGCUUCCAUCUUGGUGUCGCCGCUUGAGGACUAAUUUACCAGGUUCACGACGUGAUGAGCGAUCUCCCGGUGGUUGGCGCGAGCAAGUGAAGGAGUUGGAUAGAUUUUUCGCGCAACAGCCCCACGAUUUUAAAAUCUUUGUUCCUGGAUGUUGGGAAAAUUGGUGCUCGCGUUCAACAGGUGACGAUCCAACACCAGAAAAAAUUCAGUCCCUUUUAAAAUCGGCCAUUUAUCUGGAGGAUGCAUGGUGUCAGAUUUUGGGUUUAAAAUUUUACGGUACUUCAUGGACAGCUGCCGAUGACUUGAGAUCGGUAGAUGGUGCUUUUCCCAGACGUUACUGGACUAAACUUUUCUCAUCCAGGCGGACAAAACAUUCCACUUUCCCUCCGACCUCAGACCAAGCAUCAAUCAGCAGCCGGGCCGAGAAACCCGAUGGUCACACAACAUCCAUCUCGCCAGACACUUCCACUGCACCAAACCCAUCAAACGGGUUUGUCCUACCAAGCAUACACGACGUUUCCUCCAAGUGGCAAAACAUACCGGAUGAUACGAACGUUGUAAUAACGCACAUGCCUGCCUGGCGUCAAGAGCUGUUUGUACACAUCUCCCAAAGGAUUAGACCGACUCUGCAGUUAUGCGGGCAUGACUUCACCGGAUACGGUGUACUGUGGAAGCGGGAGACAUUGUUUAGCAAUGCCGCGUUGCAGCUCACUUCAACAUUCCCACCGGCUGGUUACCGAAAACCGGUGAACGAAAAGCGCUCUGGAACGCGGACCACAACAAGGGCGACACCGAACACCCAUUCGGUCGCUGUCGACACCCCUGCGACCAUCACCACACCCACUGCCCAGAAAUCGAACAUCAUGGAUGGAAACCAGUCCACUUCCACUCAUCUGGUGACACCAAUAACACCUAUAACAUUUGAUCCAGAUUUCUGUGAACCUCCUCUCUACCAACCCAAACCGAACGGCAGACCACGACCACCUCGAUGGCAGCGUCGCCUACCGCGUAUCUUAUCAAGACUUUUCUACGGUGGUGGAUGUACAGCCAACUGCUCACUGUUUCGUCGCUCUCUCCGACCCAAACCAGCUGUUUUGGUUUCUGAGACCCAGAGUUCCCGGGCAGCAGCAGAACAUGUGUUCUCAGACGUGGGUUUCAUCUACGAUCCAGACAUGCGUGCGGGGAUCGGUGCGAUGGCCGUGGCAGACUCUCUGUGUGGCAGUGGAAGUGGUGCCGGUUACUCUGGUGGAAGCACCGGAUUUACUGGGAGCACCCUGUGUUCCUCGUUGUGUAGGCGAACACCGAUUGUCAUUGACGUGUACGUGGUCAAUGAUGAUUUGUCCACCGUGCUUCCGCACUAUUCAUCCGCAGAACGCAAUUCACCAUCGGUUGAAUAAAAAGACUGCAGAUGGCGACCGGUUCUUGUCAGUUGUUGGGGACUGACAACAAGACGAAAGCAUGGAACACUUGUCCGUACCUCCACAUUGUUCGUCUGUAUUUUAUGGCUGUGUAUGUAACCCCCUACUCAUGCUCCUUCCCCGGUUACUUGUUGUGUUUUACAUUCUACCGUUAUUACCGCGCCAUCCUGGGGCUGAUUCUUCGGCGGUACUUGCUCUGCCCUCUUCCUAUCCACACCCCCUCUCCUCAGCUCCGAGAGUAGGGUUCAGUGAAACGCGAAAAAUGCUCUUUUAUGUCCCCAUUUUGCAUUCUCUCUUGUUGAUCAUAAGAGCAGAAACCCCUU